AUGCUGGCCUGGCAGCCGCCACCGGGAGUGCCGCGCGCAAGAGCGACCGAUCCCCAGUGCGACCAGUGCUGGUGCGUCAUCCACCUCAAGUGCAUCCACCAGUGGAUCAAGAAGCUGAGCGAGUCGGGAGGCGGGGAGUGCGCGUGGACAUGCCCCAACUGCCGCUACCACAGGGUGAGCCCGCUGCCGCGGUACAAGUGCUUCUGCCAGAAGGUCCUGGAGCCCGAGGCGAGCCCCCACUGGCUGGCGCACAGCUGCGGCGAGGUCUGCGGCCGCGACCGCGGCUGCCCCCACCCGUGCCCCGAGCUGUGCCACCCGGGCCCGUGUCCGCCGUGCACCGCCGUGGGGUCCGCGGGGCAGUGCCACUGCGGGCGUGAGCAUCGCGAGAGGAUGCGGUGCGGCGACCCCGCGCGGUGGUCAUGCGGGGACACCUGCGGCCGCCCGCUGGGCUGCGGGGAGCACACCUGCCCCCUGAGGUGCCACCCGGGCCCGUGCCCGCCGUGCAAGGUGACCGUUCUCCAGCGCUGCCACUGCGGCGCCGAGCAGCGCCAGGGCACCUGCGGCCAGGGCGGCUUCGCCUGCGCGGGCGUCUGCGGCCGGGCGCUGCGCUGCGGCGAUCGCCCGCCGCCGCGCCGGGCCGAGGAGGGGGAGGGCCCAGGCCUGAGUUUGAAUCGGGCAUGA